AUGCGCUCUACGAUACGAGCUCUUGCGGCGCUCGCCUCGGCAGCGUGCCUCAUUGCCCCCUCCACCGCACAAACAUACACCAAUUGUAAUCCUACAGUACGGACAGAUUGCCCGGCUGAUUCCGCGCUCGCUCGUACCGUCAACAUCGAACUCAGCUCCGAAUCCAACAGCUUCACACCCCAGUCGAGCCCCACAUAUGGCAAGGACGGCGUCUCGUUCACCAUUUCUAAGUCUGGCGAUGCGCCUCAACUUACAUCGAAGUGGUACAUCAUGUUUGGCAAAGUCGACGUUGUCCUGAAGGCGGCACCCGGUGCAGGCAUAGUUAGCAGCUUUGUCAUGCAGUCUGACACGCUUGACGAGAUUGAUUGGGAGUGGCUCGGUUCAGAUCCGGAUGAGGUUCAGACCAACUACUUCGGCAAGGGCCAAACCACCUCGUAUAACCGUGGUGCGUUCCAUGCCGACGCUGGCAGUCAAUCUGGUUUCAAGACAUAUACCAUUGAGUGGACACCCGAGCAGAUCGUCUGGCAGAUUGACGGCAAGACUGUCCGUACUCUCGAGCCUGCCAACGCUGAGAAUCAGUACCCCCAGACGCCUAUGCAGAUCAAGUUUGGGGCUUGGGCUGGUGGUGACCCAAGCAACGCCGCCGGAACUAUCGAGUGGGCUAGAGGUCCUACCGACUACACCAAGGGACCUUUCACCAUGACUGUCAAGUCCCUCAAGGUCCAGGACUACUCUACUGGAAGUCAGUAUUCUUACAGCGACACCAGCGGAACAUGGCAGUCGAUCAAAUCCAACGGCGGUACAAUCUACUCCGGUGGAGAUAAGCCGCUCAACAGCGACUCGCCCCAGAUCACUGCGACUGCCACUGGCGCUCCCCUCCCUUUCACCCCUUCAAGGACCUCUUCGGAUUACGAGCGACCGAGCGUGUAUCCCUGGAUCCCAGGUACAUCCUCAGCUACUCCUGAGCCUACCUUUGGUAACUACCCCGGGCUUCCGAGCGGGUGGACUGUCUCUGAUUCAGGCAAAGUACUCCCACCCAGCUCAGCUCCUCAAUCCCCUCUCGCUUCCUCUACGGCAUCGCCUGCAGUUUCGCAAUCGGCAUCUUCUGGAGAUUCUAGGCCCUUGAUCUGGACUGGCUACGAUGACCGCGGCUUCACUACCAUAUACACUUCCUACCCCGUCACUACC